AUGGGCUCCAACAUACUCGUCAUCAACCCCAACUCGACUCGAGCAAUCACCGAUGGCCUGCGCGACGCCCUCGAGCCCUACCGCGCCCACGACGUCGCCCUCAGCUACUACACGGCGCCGUCGCACGCGCCAACGGGCAUCCGCGACUUCCGCACCGGCAUCAUGACAGCCGCGAUAUGCUUUUCCGACCUCGAUGGGACUGGAGCGCUCGAGCGCCACGACGGGUUCCUCAUUUGCUGCUUCACCGACCAUCCUUUACAGCACAUGAUCCGCGAGCAUCUCGGCCCGACGUCGCACAAGCCCUGCAUCGGCAUGUUCGAGGCCGGCGUCAGCAAGGCGCUCAUGCUCUCGCGCAAGUUCGGCGUCCUGUCGACCGGCACCGGGUCCAAGCCGCUCCUCUCGAAGGGCGUCAUGAACUUUCUCGGCGCUGCGAGCAGCGACCGGUGGGCGGGCGGCAUCACCUCGGGCAUCUCGAUCGAGGAGCUGCGCGAGCCGGGCGCGAGGGUCGAGGUCGAGCGGCGCAUGAGGGAGACAGCGGCGCAGGUGGCACGGAAUGGAGCGGACUGUAUCAUCAUGGGCUGUGCGGGCAUGGCAGGGAUGGAGCCGCUCGUGCGCGAGGGGGUUCGCGAGGCGGGGCUGCCGGACGUGAGGGUCGUCGACGCUGCCGUCGCCGGGCUCGCGAUGCUCGUCGGGAUGGUCCAGACAGACAGGCCGAGAUCCUGA